AUGACCACAACCCUUGAAAGAAGCCUCUCGAGGGCUUCUAGUAUGUCCAUAUCGGUGUCCAGUCCGCUACUCUCGGUACACCGCGACAUCACUCCUCCAGCCAUGCCCGACGUGGGCGUGGCUCACCUCCACGACCGCCUGAACUAUCUUGACUCCCGAAUAAGCGAACUUCGCUCCGUCAUAUUGACCAAAGACUCCUAUGUGGAACGCCGGAACAGAGAAGAUUUAUAUAUUCGACGCGAGUUUGAAGCCCAAAGAACAAUCUCCGAACGUAUCGAUGUCGGCGUGACCAUACUCAAGACCGAAUUAAAUCAGAUCCGGAACAGCGUCUCGUCGUUGAACGGCGAUACAGCUUAUUUGUGCAACGAUGUCGCCCGUCUCCAGAAAAAUGUCCAACAAUUGCAAGUCGACACUGCUUUUCUACGUAACGAUGUCACUCGUCUCCAAAAGAGCGUCCUACAGAUCCAGGUCGAAUUGGAAGCUCUGAAAACGGAGGUCGGUGGCUGUCGUACGGAGAUCAAGCAGUUGCACACGACAGUUCAGCAGUUACAUACGGCAGUCAAUCAAUCCGAACGCGUUCGGUUCAAUUCGUUGGCGACAACAGUUCACGCUCCUAUAAAUGCUGUUCCCAGGAUCAAUCAGGAUGGCGCGUUACGAUACCCCAACUAUUUCCCUAGGACUGUUUGGCGUUUCUGGUGUUUGAAGAAACGAAGUCGAAUUGAUCGCCUGGUUGAGCUUGCCGAGUUCUACGAGGUCGAAGGAUAUGAGUACUGGGGUCGGAACCACCAUGAUGAUGUACCGUGGGAUGACGACGAUGAUUCUUCAAGUGACUAUAGUGAUCGACCCAACAAUCUUACACGUGCAGAGGCAGUAUAUCAGUAUCCUGAGGCGUGUCAUCAAGCUCUGGCGGCCACCUUGGGACUGAAUUAUCACAAGAUCCGCAAAGCAGUUGGAGAAAGCCCUAAUUCGCGGAUAGCGAGUGCCCCAAAGAGACCGGCUGAAGAUAUGGUCUCGAACCCUCAUGUAUCUAGACCAAAGCCAGUCAAGCUGGCUAGACGUCUAGGCGAUGUCUCGCCAACUAUGCUACAGAAGCUCGUCUAUGGCGUUCCUUCUGUGGCUUCCAAGUCAGUUUCCUCGGAACUCGACGAUAGGCUCGUAUGGCGUGAGCCUGGGCGCGAGGGGUCUGAGAUUUCAGACGAAGCACUAUCCAAGUUGAAGGGUCUUUCGAGCGACAUAGGAUCGAUACUGCGUGCCAUUGAACGUGGAAAGCUUUACGUCAAAACCGAACAGAUGCACGUCUCACCCACAGAAUCGCGCCCACGCGCAGAUAUCAUCAAGGAGGGGAGCCCCGAUGCACCAUCUCCAAUGGCUGUCGAAGAAGCUCGCUCUACACACACAGUUUCGACUGAAAUCAUAUCCCCGACAGGAUCCCUCCCGGAUACCCUCCCGGAUACAGCCAGCAUGCUGUCCUGA